AUGUUCACAUUCGUCUCCACAGAGAUGUUCACAGAGAUAUCAUUCAGAAAGAACACUAUCAUUCCGAUCAAGCCAACGCCUCUACAACCACUACAACCACCAACACUUCAAAGUCCAACUCUCCCACAAGCUUUUAUGAUGGCCUUGAUGGUGGUGCAACUUCCAUUUGUACCGCAUACCUUUCAUAAACGAUCGUAUAUCAACAAUGAUGCGGACGCUGACUAUGGACACCUCAUCAAUCCUCACUGUGUCAUCAAGUCUCCUCGUAACUUGGUGAUCAGUGGCCAUUUCUUUGACUGGUUGUGUGAUCGUCAUCGAAGCAGUGGAGACGAGCAGCUGCUCCAGUUAUUUGGAAGAAUCACCAAGCUUACUGUCCAGGGCCCAAUGGACGUUAACAACCUCGUGAUGCUCCCCUCGCUGACCAGUCUCAGGUUCCAGCAGGACUUCGAAGAUAAUAUGAUUUACUUCAGGCAUCCGAUUCCAAACACAAUUCUCCAAUCACUCAAGAAGCUUCAAUAUGACCGAUGUACUCGAGAUGCUGUGGCAAACCUUCCAGAUGGUAUACAUCUCUCUAUCCACUGGAGCAUCGAAGAUGACGACGAACAGUGCCUCAAUCCAAACAUCAGCUGUUAUCACGUUGCUGUAUUAGAGAAUCCAUACGUUAUGCACUCGAACUUGGUCACCAGCCUGUAUCUCGGUGAGGCCAGCAUUGAGCCGGUGGAUCCCUUUCUUGAGAUGCCGAGACUGCAUCGCCUGGUAGUGGAAUUGGACAACCGUGUGACAGUGGAUCAGGUUGUGGCACUUAUAAAAGUGUGUCAUCGUAUUGACUCGAUCAAGAUUGUAGCAUGGGUCAUUGAAAAGGGAGUGGCCUUUGUGGAAGGCAUCCUCAAACAGACAACACUCGAUUCGAUUACUCUCCAACUUCCAAUCACUCCCCAGGAUACGUUGGCAUUCUAUAUGCACAAGAUAACAACAUCGCCCCAACUACAAGUGCUUCGCAUCAGACGUGCAAGAGAUAAGCAACCCAGGUUUGUCGGUGACAACAACCAGCACUACAAGUUCCUGCUCCGAUUCAAACAUCAUACCAAUGCCUUGGAAGAGCCACAGCACUUCAGCGAUGUGAGGCUGAGCAACUUCACACAUUCACAAUCACUCUAA